CCUUGAUUGUUAGUAUUUUGCAUGUUCAGAUAUAUUUGCUUAAUGGAAUCCUAUCUGGAGUAAUUUUUUCUGCACAUGCCUGAGAGCUGUUUGGAUUUCGAAAUUCGGAUCUGUGGAUAAUCCGUCUCUUGAAUUCUCGUCGACAUUGUGUAUCGAGUUUGCCUGUUACUCGGAUUUGAGCUGGAAGGGAGCUUCUAUGGGGAAAUCGAAGCUUAGAGUUCGUGGAUAAACGAGGUUUGGCCAGGUCGGCUUGUUUUUGAGGAGAAAGGGGCGAGAUGUUUAGCUGUUUCUUCUUGGAAUGACUAGAACUUUGCUUUUCUCAAUGGGAAUUCGUCCUUUUGUGUUGCUUUCUUUCUUGUUUCUCAUUUCUACAAUUCUCUCAACCACUCUUGGUGAUUUGGAGUCUGAUAAACAAGCACUUCUCGACUUUUCUUCUGCUGUUCCUCAUGGUCGAAAAGUCAACUGGAACAGUUCCACCCCUGUUUGUUCUUGGGUUGGCAUUACUUGCUCGUUGGAUAAUUCUCGAGUUGUUGAACUCCGUCUUCCUGGUGUUGGGAUUAGAGGCUCAAUCCCACCUAACACCCUUUCCAAGUUAGACGCCCUGAGGGUUCUCAGCCUUCGUUCUAAUCGCCUUAAUGGAAGUAUUCUCUCCGAUAUAUCCUCACUCCCCUCCCUACACAACCUCUUUCUUCAGCACAAUGAUUUAUCUGGUGAGAUUCCUACUUCACUCUCCCCUAAUCUCACCGUUCUUGACCUCUCUUUCAAUUCUUUCACGGGCGACAUUCCUAUAACCAUUCAGAAUUUGACCAGGCUCACGGGAUUGUAUCUUCAGAACAAUGCCCUUUCGGGUUCCAUUCCUAAUAUCAAUCUCCCCAGGCUCGUUCAUUUCAACGUAAGCUAUAACCAACUUAAUGGUUCAAUUCCUCCUCCUCUCGAGAAUUUCACAGACUCUUCCUUUCUUGGGAAUCCUCAUUUGUGUGGUCUGCCUCUAAGUCCUUGCUCCGUCCCUGUUUCCCCUUCUCCAUCACCUAACAAGAAAGGCUCGAAAAAGAAAUUCUCGAGACGAGCUAUUAUUUUAGUGGCGGUUGGUGGGGCUGUGAUCCUCUUUAUUCUUCUUCUGGUUAUAUUCUUACUUGUGUGUUGUUUGAAGAGAAAGGGUAAUAAUGGGGGUGGGAGUGUUCUGAAAGGAAAGGCAGCUAGUGGGGGAAGGAGUAGUGAGAAGCCAAAGGAAGAUUUUGGUAGUGGCAUACAAGAGGCGGAGAAAAACAAACUAGUUUUCUUCGAAGCUUGUUCGUAUAACUUUGACCUCGAGGAUCUAUUGAGAGCUUCGGCCGAGGUGUUGGGAAAAGGAAGUUACGGGACUGCUUAUAAGGCUGUCUUGGAAGAGUCUACAACUGUCGUGGUUAAACGUUUGAAAGAGGUUGUUGUUGGGAAAAAGGAUUUCGAGCAACAGAUGGACAUUGUAGGCAGAGUCGGACAGCACACCAAUGUUCUUCCACUCCGGGCUUAUUAUUACUCCAAGGAUGAAAAACUCCUUGUUUACGACUAUCUCCCAAAUGGAAACCUAUCCACAGUAUUGCAUGGAAACAGAAGUUCAGGAAGAUCGCCCCUGGAUUGGGACGCAAGAAUCAAGAUUUGCGUUGGUAUCGCGAGGGGGAUUGCCCAUAUACAUUCGGUUGGCGGUCCAAAGUUUUCCCAUGGAAAUAUAAAAUCCUCGAACGUCCUCCUUAAUCAAGAUCUAGAAGGAUGUGUUUCGGAUUUCGGUUUAUCCCCUCUGAUGAACUUCCCUCCAUCCAGGCAUGCAGGGUACCGAGCUCCUGAGGUAAUGGAAACCCGAAAGCACACUCACAAAUCAGAUGUUUACAGUUUUGGAGUGUUGUUGCUGGAGAUGCUAACGGGAAAGCAACCGAUCCAAUCCCCAGGGCGAGACGAUAUGGUGGACCUUCCCCGGUGGGUGCAAUCGGUUGUUAGGGAGGAAUGGACUGCCGAGGUUUUUGAUGUUGAGCUAAUGAGAUUUCAAAACAUUGAGGAAGAGAUGGUGCAGAUGCUACAGAUUGGGAUGGCGUGCGUGGUUAAGGUUCCGGACAUGCGACCUGUCAUGGGAGAGGUAGUUAGGAUGAUUGAGGAUGUCCGACAAUCUGACUCAGAAAACAGACCUUCUUCUGAAGAUAACAAAUCAUAGGUAUCAUCCAUCUUUUCUUUUAUUUUCUUUUUAAGAUUUUAUUCUCAUUGAUUGAAUGAAGGUGGAGAGAUUAAGUUAACAUUUUAUUGUAUUUAGAUGGUGUGAACUGUGAAUCUAUUUUAUUCAGGGUUUUUUUUAAUGAAUUUAUUGUAAGCCUAGCUAGCAUUAAUAGUUUGUAAUAAGUAUUUGUGGAGUGGACCUUGGACUAAUUUAGACUUCUUCUCCUUCCAUUUCAACUCA